AUGAAUGGGACGUAUUCAAAAGGAAGGUAUUACGUAACCGCCGAUGUGAAUUUGUUAAACGACAGCCUCUGCUUCCAACUUUGUUCGACAACGAAACUAAUCAAGGCUGAUAGCGGGCUUCAGCCCUUCAAAAUAUUCCGGAUGCUACAGAAUGAUAGAUUAUGCGACAGACUAAAUAAUGUCUCCUUAGUAGAGUCUGAAGACUCCGAACCGUCCAUUUCGUUGCUUGAUCUGCCAGCCGAUGUUAUGAUAAUACUCUUUGACUAUCUUGGGGUUGGAUCUCUGCGUUGCCUUGCUUUAACAUGCAAACAUCUUCAUGACUCAGUAUUCAAGUUUGGAUGGACCUCGUAUUUGCGUUCGAAUACACGUUUCUCAUGGAGUCUUUCCUGCACUGAUAGAGUAUGGUCCGCGUACGAACGUGUUCGCUACAAUACAAUUACUGAUUAUAACUGGGAAUGCCGAAGCUUUGUCGCUCGUCCGCUUUCACCGCCCUGGCGUGGUAGACAGCGCCCUAGUCUUGCCGUCUCACAAAGUCGGCUAGUCGUUUCUGCAGGGGACAAGUUGGAUGUAUAUGCUUUCUCAAGUCAAGCAUGCCUUUCGGAUGCACCUACCGUCCAUCUUGAGGCAACACUUUUGGUCAACAGAAUGGAUCAUCACCAGCCACGACACGAUGUCACAUCCAUGGCAUUUUUACCAGGCAACGGGGAAGACAGAAGACUCCUUGCAGGCUUCGCGGAUGGCAGUGUUAUGCGUGUGACAUUACCGGAUAUGAGGAAAAGCCAACAGCAUCCGUCUCCAGAAUUCGAGACUCUGCUCGUCGGAGAAGACCCGAUCCAGAGCAUUUCGGCCUCCGGCAGUUUGUCAUUCAGCCUCUCCAGUUCGGGGAAAGGUACUCUCCACGAGGCACGUGGAAGAAUCGUAUCCGAAAUUGAUAUCAAGGAGAAAUGCUGGUCUUCAUUCCUCUCUGCUGGCGAUGCAUCCUAUGUCGCUAUAGGCACAAGCUCUACUGUACCAUUGGCCAUAUACCCUGUUAAUGAAACCGCUCUUAGUUCAUCUCCGUCGGUGGUUCUGACUAGCAUGAGAAGUUCUGAAUUGGGUGUCAGAUCGCCGGCUUCCGCGGUCUACGGGAUUGCCGGUUCUCCACUGUCUUUUCCCGGAAAUCCUGGACAAGUUAUCGUCUCUGGUUGGUUCGACGGAUGCGUGCGUCUCUACGACCUGCGUACACCAUCAACAUCGUCUUCCGCGAGUAACUCAUCAACUAAGGCAGUGCCGACCCUGUCACCUGCAAUGAUCUUGUUUGACCCAUGGCAAAGAGAGAGCAUAUACUCUGUUUCAACAGGUGGAGGUUCUGGGUACACUAUCGCUGCAGGAACUGCUCGCCAUAGUGUUGUCGCGUUUUGGGAUGUGCGAGCACCACGUGCGGGCUGGAGUGUGCACGCACCGGGAAAUGAUACGUCGCCUGUAUAUGCGACCGUACUUGAAAGCUCUCGACUUUUUGGAGCGACGCAGAGCCGCGCAUUUGUCUACGAUUUUGGGCCUGGUGUUGGUGUGGAAACGUACCCACCUCUGCCGCGUGCAAUCGGCAAGGGUCAUCACAGUAAGGGUGGAGUUUCCGACUCACUCAUGAUGGAAGACGUUAUGGAAGAGAAGGGCUUUACCUUUCUGGAACAUGACGAAUUGCGUAUAAUGCCAUUCUGUGACUUAUCCGUGGUUCCCGCGGAGGUGGUCACUUUCGUCCCCAACGCCAACGGACUGCUGCUGAUCGUUCUUGACGCCGUCAAGCACGUCGCUGUGUCGAGCGCAAGUGGCCAACAAAAGUCUGAACGUCAUCGCUGGACUCGUGGGCGCAGGCCGCACCUUCGUCGCGGAGAUAUUUUUACAUCGGUUGUUCGUGUUGACGCGCUGCUCGGACACGCUUGCAAGUCAGUGCAGCCGCAGUCACCACAGUGCAUUUCGUUGUCGCUGCCACGCUUCGUAGUAGUACUCCCGCAGCUCGGUUCGCGUUCAAGCUCGCAACGCUUUCUGCCGCCUGUGCUGGAACUGAGCGGCGAUAACGAGCAACACGUUUCGCGACGAUUCUUUUUCUGGGACGCGUCUGAUACCCUGUUCGGAUCGUACCCACCGUCUGAACGACGGUCUUUCGCCCACGUACUUAGUUCCCCACUGCAACGCCUUCACUUGCACCAGCCCGACAUUACGAUUUAACGACAUCACCAGCCGCUAUCUGUUGUUUUAUUAUGCUACC